AGACUCAGUAAACACAUCAGCUGCUGCGUCCAGGUGGAGACAUGGUGCAGCUGUACUGUUGGGGAGACAGCUCCAGUGGACAGUUCUGUCCAGAGAAAGCCCUCAGUCCGGCUUCCUGGACUGUCCCCGGGGCUAUAACCAACAUCUGCUGCGGAGACCAGCACACUUUAUUCCUCACCAAGGAUGGAGGAGUCCUAUCAUGUGGACACAACGCACUGGGACAACUUGGACGAAAGAAACGCAAAGAUGGGAAGACACCAGCUCGUGUGGAGGGUCUGGGUGAUGUGGUGUCCAUAGCUUGUGGUCAGGACCACUGCCUGGCUGUUUGUGCAUCUGGACAGGUGUUCUCCUGGGGGGCAGGAGAGGAUGGACAACGAGGCAUUUUACCAAACCUUCUGUCCAGCAGACUAAGUCAGGUGCCGAUACCACUGCAAAUACCAGUUAUUCAAGUUGCUUGUGGGAACACCCACUCGCUGGCACUGACUAAAGGCGGCGAUGUCUUCUCGUGGGGUUCGAACAGUCAUGGUCAGCUGGGCCAGGGGAAGGAGGUGUCGCUGCAGUAUGUACCCGACCUGGUGUGCGCUCUGAGCGGCGUAGCGGUGACCCAGAUUUCAGCCGGAGCAACCCACUCUCUGUUCCUCACGCUCCCAGGCCUGGUGUACUGCUGUGGAGCCAAUAAAUCUGGCCAGCUGGGGCUCAACAGGGUGGAUGAGAAGGGCAGGUUCAACAUCUGUAUGGUGCCUGCCCUCAAACCUCUGGGUGUCUCCUUCAUAAGCUGUGGAGAGGCACACACUGCUGUGUUAACACAGGAUGGCGAGGUUUUCACUUUUGGAGAGGGAAGCCACGGUCAGCUCGGUCACAGAUCCUCUGCUAAUGAAGUGAGACCCAGACUGCUCGACGGCCUGGACGGACCCGCCUCUCAGAUUUCAUGUGGCAGACGUCACACUCUGGUUUUGGGCUCCUCCGGCCAGCUGUGGGCUUUUGGCCAUGGGGCCAAAGGUCAAAUUGGGACUGGACGGUCAGAGGACAGUCCGACUCCCACUCUGGUACAACUUCCGUGGACCACUGACAGUGCAGAAGCCAUACCCAGUGACCUGAAAAUAUCAGCUGGGUGGAAUACAAACUUCACUUACACUUCACCUACACAGAGCUUGGACCGAGGACGGAUAAUUGGGCGUCUUGAUGAGACAAAACUGCUUGAAUGGCUGUCAAUGAGACACGGCAACACAGAGGCAAAGAGAGAAAUAACUUCGAUGUUUCUGACAAGUUCAAGUCUUGUUGCAAAUUUCACGAAGGCCGAUGGGCCUCCACCAGAGGCAGACGCCUUAACUGUGGACCUUGAGGCAGCUAGCAGAGCUUUCGACCAGCUGCUGGCAGUACCAUGGAUCAAACAAUCAGUUAACCUUAACCACCUGAUUGAUUGGCUUUUCGCUUCAAGAAUUGCCCUGAAAUCUCCAGAGAUCUUCCUGAUUCUGCUGACGUGUCCUCUUCUCCAAGAGGAUUCUAAUGUCAUAAGCAGGGUGAUGCCGCUGGCGAUCAUUAUUGCUGAUCUGAAGGAGAAGACUCUGGAAACACUAAGACGCCAGUGGUCUUCCCUGCCACCCUCCAUACUACUGAAGCACAUCUUGGUGUUCAAAAAAGCCGUGGCCUUCAUGCUACGAAAUGGCCUCUUGACAACUCACAACCCAGGAGUCAGAUACCUGAUGGAAGUCCUCAAGCUGCUCUACAAAGCUAACAAAGCUGGAAAAACCUACAAAGUCCCACUGAGCACCUUUUACAUCGAAGAAAUCGCUGGUAGUGUGCUGCUAGACAUGGACGUCGCUCUUUGGCUGCAAUUUUCCAAAGUGGAGGAUGACGAAAACACACCCGUCAUUUUCUGCCGCUACCCAUUCCUGUUCAGACUGGAAUGCAAGGUGGAGGUCUUUAACAUCCAUGCAGCCAUAGUGAAGGAGGCGCAGCAUAUCAUUCAUAGAAUGGCUUUGAUGUGUCCUGAGGAGAUGUUGGGACAUCCCUUGGACUCUGCCCCGGCCCCGGUCCUCCAGCUAACUCUGAGACGAACUCACCUGGUCGAGGACACCUUCAGACAGCUCGCUGCAGCCGACCACUGCGCUUUCAAAAGGGAGCUUUUGGUGCAAUUUGUAGACAACAGGAAGGUGAUGCUUGUCAACAAAAGGGACUUCUUCUUGCAUGUGUUUGAUGAGCUGAUGGCCCCCGAGUCUGAGAUGGUCUUUUACAACGAGAGCCAGACUCUGGCCUGGUUCCCUCCCAAGCCAAAAGUGGAGGAGAAGACCUACUUCCUGUUUGGCGUUCUGUGUGGCCUGGCUCUCUACAACCACAACAUUGUCCACAUGCCCUUCCCACUGGUUCUCUUCAAGAAGCUGCUCAGAGUCAAACCCUCGAUGGACGACAUGAAGGAGUUUGAACCCGUCAUGGGAGAGUCUUGGCGGUGCAUGUUGGAGGACUACACUCCUGAUGUAGUCAAAAGCCUGGAGACUACUUUCACUGUGUCCUGGGGUGGUGAGGAAGUUGAGCUUGAUCCGACAGAGGCUGGAAAACCUGUCACAGCAUCCAACAAAAAAGAGUUCAUAGACGCCUUCGUCAACUAUGCCUUCAACAAAUCAGUGGAGGGAGUGUUUGAAGCGUUCAAGAGAGGCUUCUUCAAGGUGUGUGACAUCGACGUGGUGGAGUUCUUCCAGCCUGAGGAGUUGCAGGCGGUGACCGUGGGCCAAGAAAACUACGACUGGGAGGUGUUCAAGAAGAACACGGUUUAUGAAGGAGACUACCAUGAAAUGCAUCCAAACAUCGUGACCUUCUGGGAGGUGUUUGAGGGUCUGACAGCGGAGGAAAAGAAAAAAUUUCUUUUGUUCCUCACAGGCUGCAAACGCGUACCCUUCCUGGGUAUGGAGAGCAUCAAGAUGAGAGUCGCCGUCUUGCCCGACGCCUCUGAGAUCCAUCUGCCAGAAUCCCUCACCUGCCAUUGUCUGUUAUUGCUGCCCAUCUACGAGAGAUACCCAGCGGAGAGGACCAUGCAGACCAGGCUCCUCAAGGCUAUCAACCACAACAGAGGCUUCCGGAAGGAAGUAGACAAUACAGAAUGAAGUAAUGACCUCUUCUUUAUAAACGUUAGUUUUGGGCUUUUCUGUCGCUACAAUCUUUUCUUCUAUUAAUGUUGUAAAGUAAGUUUUAACUUGAGAUUCAUGGUAAUACAAGUAGCUGAGCAGCCCAUGUUUGGUGAUUUAGCAGUUAAGAGAAACAGUGUUUGUUUUUAUUUGUUUUGAUGCCACUGCCACGUUAAAUGUUAAAGUCUUGUUUGAUAAUGUUUUUUGACAACUUUCUGUUCAUCUUAUAUUGAUGAAGCAGCGCAGUCUAGAGUUAUUUAACUAUUACAAAGAGUUACAAGUGUUUCCGCAUAUUAUUCAGCUUUGGCAAGUCAAACAAAAAUAUGAAGGAAAGAUUAAAAAGAUAUGUUAUGUUUGUGUGACAAAAGAAAAACGAUACUAAAAUGUGUUAAUUAGAAAUGUAUUUUCUUGCCCCUUGUACCUUAAUAACCUACUAAAUAAAUAUAUUUCUCUUCAA